AUGAAACGUAAUAGACAUAGACACCACAACAACAGCAGCCACAACAACACAAACAGUAAUCGAAGACAUAAAAGCUCGUUGGUUAAAUCCGUUCCUGCCACACCUGUACAAGUAAAUCCCACAACGAAUCAUUUUGUGCCAUCCUCAACUGAUUACAAUGAUGAUGAUGACGAUGAUGACCCAGAACCAGUCUACACUGAUAGCUAUCUGUAUACACCACCCUAUUCAUAUCCAAUUUUUUCUUUAGACUAUCAGCACAGCAACAGCAAUAGUUCGCAAUAUCAUAUGGAGCGACAUCAGCAGCAGCAGCAGCAACAACAACAACAAUAUUCCAGUGAAUAUCAAAAUCAUCACCAGCAACAACAACAACACCAACAGCAGCGGCAUCACGAAGAUGAUGAGGAAGAAAUAUUUCGUGAAGCCUGUUCCGAUCAACAUCCUUUAGAAUUGGCUCGAGAUCUUGAAGAUGACUCUUCCUCCUUGGCCAUGAUUACACCGCCUCCACCAUAUGAUACACCCUACAAGAAACAACAGCAACAACAACAACACUCAUCAUCGUUACAGCAUCAUUCAAAUAAGUCCAAACAUCAUUCUGGACCACAUUACAGCAAUUAUAAUUCCUCAUCGUAUGCCUCAGCCAAAUCACGUUCCGAUAUGCCGCCUCAAGCUCGAAAAUAUCUAUUCAACAAUCGUGAAACAUUUACCAUUAGUUCCUCGAAUGGCAAUUCCAGUUCAAAUUCCAUACAUCAACAGCCAUUGCAAUCCACCUCGCUGGCUGGUACGCUGACCAGUGCCAUUACACCGACGAAAUUAAGUGCAGCUGCUGCAGCUAUGUUUGCGGCACCACAAAUGGUGCAUUUAAAUCGUAAAUGGUCGAAUUUACAUCGCAAAAGACGUCGGCGCAAUAGCAGUUCGGGAGAUUCAAAAGAACUGGAUAAGUUGGUACUACAAUCAGUGGAUUGGGAUGAAAAUGAUAUUUAUUGA